AUGGAGUCAGAUCUUCAACACCAGCAUCAUUUCCUUCAUGGUCAUAACCAACACCAACAAAUUCAUCAGAAACCAAUGAAUUCUGGGUUGGCAAGGUAUCAAUCUGCACCAAGUUCAUAUUUUUCAAAUAUGUUAGACAGAGACUUCUGUGAUGAGUUUCUCAAUAGGCCAACAAGUCCUGAAACAGAACGAAUUUUCGCGAGAUUUUUAGCCAAUUCUGGUGGCAAUACAGAGAAUAUAUCAAGUCAAAUUCUUUGUGAGGUUAAGCAAGAUUCUCCAGAAGAGGUUUCUCAAAUUAACCAGCAACCCCAGAUGGUGGCUUCAACGAAUAAUCAUAGUACUGAUACAAGGCUACAACAACAACAACAGCAACAGCAGCAGCAGCAACAGAGCAAUUACUCUGCCUCACAGAGUUUUUAUCAAAGUCAAUCAAAACCUCCGUUACCAGAUCAGACUUCAGGUUCUGGUUUCAAUUAUAGAUCAAUGAAUUCAAUGGGAAUGGAGAGGUUGCCUUCCAUGAAGACUAGUGGUGGUACAAAUUCAAUGGGAAUGGAGAGGUUGCCUUCCAUGAAGAGUAGUGGUGGCACUAAUUCAAAUCUUGUUCGACACAGUAGCUCACCUGCAGGGCUUUUCUCCAACAUAAAUAUUGAAUUUGAAAACGGCUAUGCUGUCUUGAGAGGUAUGGGAGAUCUUGGAGCAGGUAAUAGAGACACAAACUAUUCUGCAGCCAGUAUGCCACCUCCCCCUUCAGCGAGAAUGAAUCCACUUGCUGACAUAGGAAACAAAAACAUUGGAGAAAAUAGCCCAGACAGUGGUGGUUUUGGUGAAAAUCGAGGUAAUAAUUAUGUCUCAGGUUUCCCUAUUGGAUCUUGGGAUGAUUCUGCUAUGAUGCCUGCUGGUUCAAAAAGACACCUUACAGAUGAUGAUAGGACCCUUUCUGGUCUAAGUGCAUCCGAAACUCAGCAGAAUGAAGAGGGAGGAAAUCGCCCUCCAAUGUUGGCCCAUCACUUGAGUUUGCCAAAAACCUCAUCAGAAAUUUCUGCCGUUGAAAAGUUCUUGCAAUUUCAAGAUGCCGUGCCUUGUAAGAUUAGAGCUAAACGUGGUUGUGCCACUCAUCCAAGAAGCAUUGCUGAGAGGGUGCGAAGAACUAGGAUUAGUGAACGAAUGAGGAAACUCCAAGAUCUUGUACCUAACAUGGAUAAGCAAACAAACACAUCAGACAUGCUGGAUUUGGCUGUGGACUACAUUAAAGACCUUCAAAGACAAGUCAAGGCACUUUCAGAGAGUCGUGCAAGGUGUACAUGCAUGAACAAGCAGCAGCCCUAG